AUGAUAUUUAAUUAUAAAUUUGGAUUCGCGCCCACUCUCGUCUGCUCUGCGGUGGUGUCGGGUCGGCGCGGCUCGUGCUCGGUCAGGCUGGAGCGCCUGCUGGUGGACGCGGCGCGGCGCACCUGCCGGGUCGGGCGCCGCACAUACAAGCUGCACGCCACCGAGCCCGCACCCACACCCCAUGUCACCACCACCAUCUAUCAAUGUCACCAUUGCGGCAAACUGUUCAGGAGCAAGUCGGUUUUGAAGAAGCACGUACACAAUCACUCGCCUUUACAUAAUUCAACCGUAGGGGAUUAUCGUUUAGAACGACAUCAAAUGCUACACGGUGACAAAAAACUGAAGAAAAUCUCGGGCGAAAAGACUUUCAGGUGUAAAUACUGUGGCUACGAGAGUAGUAGAAAAUCAAAUUUACGGACUCACCUGAUGACUCACACAGACGAGAAACCUUUCGGGUGUACUCACUGUGCCUACAAGUGUAGAAGAAAAGCAGAUUUACAGCAUCACCUGAUGACUCACACGGACGAGAAGCCUUUUAGUUGUAGUCACUGUAGCUACAAGGGUAAAAGAAAAGGAGAGUUACAGACUCACCUGAUGACUCACACAGACGAGAAACCUUUCGGGUGUACUCACUGUGCCCACAAGUGUAGAAGAAAAGCAGAUUUACAGAGUCACAUGAUGACUCACACAGACGAGAAACCUUUCGGGUGUACUCACUGUGCCUACAAGUGUAGAAGAAAAGCAGAUUUACAGCGUCACCUGAUGGCUCACACAGACGAGAAGCCUUUCAGUUGUAGUCACUGUAGCUACAAGUGUAGAAGUAAAGCAGAGUUACAGAGUCACCUGAUGACUCACACAGACGAGAAGCCUUUCAGUUGUAGUCACUGUAUUUACAAGUGUAGAAGAAAAGGAGACUUACAGUGUCACCUGAUGACUCACACGGACGAGAAGCCUUUCAGUUGUAGUCACUGUAGCUACAAGUGUAGAAGAAAAGGAGAGUUACAGACUCACCUGAUGACUCACACAGACGAGAAGCCUUUCAGUUGUAGUCACUGUAGCUACAAGUGUAGAAGAAAAACAGAUUUACAGACUCACCUGAUGACUCACACAGACGAGAAGCCUUUCAGUUGUAGUCACUGUAGCUACAAGUGUAGAAGAAAAACAGAUUUACAGACUCACCUGAUGACUCACACAGACGAGAAGCCUUUCAGUUGUAGUCACUGUAGCUACAAGUGUAGAAGAAAAACAGAUUUACAGACUCACCUGAUUACUCACACAGACGAGAAGCCUUUCAGUUGUACACACUGUGACCACAAGUCUAGAACAAAAGCACAAUUACGGAAUCACCUGAUAACUCACACAGACGAGAAGCCUUUCAGGUGUACCACUGUGUCUACAAGUGUAAAAGGAAAGCACACUUACAGAGUCACCUGAUGACUCACACAGACGAGAAGCCUUUCCGUUGUAGCCACUGUGACCACAAGUUUAGAUUAUUAGAUUUACAGGCUCAUGCGAUGACACACGGACGAGAAGCUUUUCAGGUGUACACAGUGACCAC